CCGCUGCUCGCUGCGUGCCCCACGCCCCUCGGGAAGGGACGGGCGCCUCCAAAGCCCCCUGCGCUCCACCUUGGGAGCGAGGAGGAAGGCCGAGGGCUUUGGUUAUCGCUCCGAGGCUGGCUGCAGGAAUCCUCCCCUUAUCGCGGCGUCGCCAAGGGGACUGCCAAGGCGGAGCGGGGACUCCUCGCCAGGACCAGGCGUUGAAGCUCUCCGGAGGGGCGCAGGGGGAGCGUGAACGUGUGCAGGGCUCGGGUCCUGCCCGGGAGCGGCAGCCCCGUGAUGCUGCGCCGGGAGUGAAGUCAGCCUUCAUCAGCCGAAUAGUUUAUGCAUGAAUCGAAACUUCAGACCUGGCAGGGUGGGGGAACGCGCAGGAUCUUUGCUCUUUUCAAAUGCUCUCGCCAAGGAAGGAGGAGGGGAUAGAGGAAAUAGCAGCAAAAUAGGACUGGGGAAGCGGGGAGAGAUUUGAGAAGCUGGAUGAGUUGUUCGCUCUGUUCUUGCGAGGAGCCAAGUUCCUUAAGCAUCUCCUGGUGGAUGUUAACAGAGAGCUGUGGAGACCGGAGCAUUCCCCUGGACUCUCGCAAGCUGUAGCUUUAAGACUGUUUUACAGAGGACUUGGGAUUUCCAGUUUUCCUGCGCCUGCUGGAGUAUUUCAGGGAGUUACAGGAUUUUCGGGUCAUGCACCCCCUUUUUCCUUUUUCUUCCUCCUUUCUCUUCCUCUCUUACUCUUUCUUUUCAUUUCAAAGAGACAAAGCUACUUCAGUUUGGAGCACAAACAUAUGAUCAGCACAUGGAAAUGUGGUAAUUUGGAUGCAUUCAUGAUUGCAACAGAUUGAAGAAAUUAGACCAGACAAAGAGCUUUUUUUGGAGGAGGAGGAGGCAAGGCAAGGAGGGAGGGAGAGUGGGUGAAAGAAGGGGACGCCACCGAAAAAAGGGACGGCCGUGACACGCGGAUGCUAAAUAUAUCCCGUAGUAAUGGAGAAGGACCGGAUUUCAGCUCUGAAAAGAUCUUUUGAGGUCGAGGAGGUAGAUCAAUCUUCAAAUUCCUCCACCCCACAGAGACGGACCCCGAACCCCCUCCUCAGGUCCACGGUGUCCAGCUCCACGCAGAAGUUUCAGGAACUCGGUGCCAGGAACUCGGAGCCGCCUGCCCGGCAUGCAGACCCCACGGGCCAGCGAUCCCCCAAGUCCUCUCUGAGGAGAGUGGAGCUCUCCGGACCCAAACUGCCCGAGCCGGUGUCCAGAAGAACAGAAAUCUCCAUUGACAUCUCGUCCAAGCAGGUGGAGAACUCCACCUCGGCCUUGUCGAGGUUCGGCCUCAAACGAGCAGAUGUGCUGGGGCACAAACCCCCGGAGCCCACCCCGCGGAGGACUGAGAUCACGCUCGGCAAGCCCCAGGAGCCCGGGCUCCGCAGGGCGGAGGCGCCGGCCUCAAAGAUCCCCGAGAUGCCCCAGCGCCGAGCCGAGCUGGCCAACACCGCCCUGCCCGACGUGGCCACCAAGCGAGUGGAAAUCCAGGUAGCCAAGGCCACCGAGCUCCCGGCCCCGCCGGCGCGGCAGGUGGAGGGGUUGGAGCCUGCCCCAGCCCCGCAGCCGCCCCAGGCAGAGCCAAAACCGCAGCCGGUGCUGGUCGAGAGCCCACCAAAGAGAGAAGAGGGUCCCGAGGCCGUUCCCAGCCACGCACCCGGCAUGACGGACGCCCCACGGGAUGCCGGCCCCAAGCAGGCGGCGCCGGCGCGGCCGGAGAAGCCGGCGGCAGACUUCGGCUACGUGGGGAUAGACGCCAUCCUGGAGCAGAUGAGACGGAAAGCCAUGAAGCAGGGCUUCGAGUUCAACAUCAUGGUCGUGGGUCAGAGCGGCCUGGGGAAAUCCACGUUAAUCAACACCCUCUUCAAGUCCAAAAUCAGCCGGAAAUCUGUGCAGCCAACUGCUGAGGAGCGGAUCCCCAAGACCAUUGAAAUCAAAUCCAUCACUCACGAGAUCGAGGAGAAGGGGGUUCGCAUGAAGCUGACCGUCAUCGACACCCCGGGCUUUGGGGACCACAUCAACAACGAGAACUGCUGGCAGCCCAUCAUGAAGUUCAUCAACGACCAGUACGAGAAGUACCUGCAGGAGGAGAUCAACAUCAACCGCAAGAAGCGGAUCCCCGACACGCGGGUGCACUGCUGUAUAUACUUCAUCCCCGCCACCGGCCACUCCCUCCGACCGCUGGACAUCGAGUUCAUGAAGCGCCUGAGCAAAGUGGUCAACAUCGUCCCGGUGAUCGCCAAAGCCGACACGUUAACGCUGGAGGAGAGGGAUUACUUCAAGCAGAGGAUCACGGCCGAUCUUCUCGCCAACGGGAUUGACGUGUACCCGCAGAAGGAGUUUGAUGAAGACUCUGAAGAUCGGCUAGUGAACGAGAAAUUCAGGGAAAUGAUCCCGUUUGCAGUGGUGGGCAGCGACCAGGAGUACCAGGUUAAUGGAAGAAGAAUCCUUGGAAGGAAGACCAAGUGGGGCACCAUUGAAGUGGAGAACACGACACACUGUGAGUUCGCCUACCUGCGGGACCUCCUCAUCAGGACACACAUGCAGAACAUAAAGGACAUCACCAGCAACAUCCACUUCGAAGCCUACAGGGUGAAGAGGCUGAACGAGGGCCAGAGCUCGCUCUCCAACGGCGUGACCGACAAGGAGCUGGUGGCUAACGAAAUGUAACCGUCUCGCUCUGUAGCCAGGACCUCGCUCGCUCACGCUCGCUAUUUCUCCCCUCUCCCCCCCCUUUAUUUUUAUAUAAAUCCUCUGCCACUGUCCCUCCUUGCCCCCAGCCCCCCGCCCAUAUUAACUGACCAAAUAACCAGCUGUCGUGCAGUGGGGUGACCGCUCGUCCCCCCACCUCAUGGGACGGCUUUCCGUCUCGGCCCCAUUCAGGCAGGAGGGGGUGGCCGGGCUGGGGACCGUCCCCCCGUUGGGGUCGGGCUCUUGCCAUCCUCCAGCCUAAUGGGGCAGCCUCCUCCCGCUGCCCCAUGGCCGCGGGGUUUAGGGGUAGGGCAGCGGGUGGGGGUCUCCUGCCCCCUCCGUGGCUGUCCCCAGGGGGCAUUUGCCAAAGGCUGAGGACCUCUGCCCCGUGGCUUUGCCGUUUUUUCUUCUCCGUCCAUUGAAGGCAAGGGUUUCUCCGUGUGAAUGUAGCCUCCAGAAGCAAGGUACGGUGGUAUGAAGAGAGCAAGACGGUGACAUCCUUGUCUCCUGCCUCCUCCUCCUCCUCCUCCUCCUCCUCCUCGCGAGCCCUCUGCGGUCCUCCAGGAGCAGCCAGCCCCAACCCCGACCCCCCCCCUGCCUACACGCAAUAACCUGGGAGCCUUUAGGGGUUUCCCGCAGCCCGGCAGAGCUGCCCGCUCUGGGAGAAGUGCCUUUUGGGACUGGUACCUUGCAAUGGUGGAACUGGGGGGCGGGGGGCUCGCGCUGGCCGUCUUCGCAGCCUGGAAAAUGCUUCCCCGAGCUGCGGCGCUUUGCAGAGACUCCUUUUCCCCUCUCGCUUGGACCACAGGUGUGGCUGAGCUCCUGGGAAGCCUUGUAUAUUUAUUUGUAAUUCGGUGGGGUGCUGUAUGCCAUCGAAGGCUCCAAGUUUCUUUGUCCGAAGGGGGCUGAGAGCGGAACGUCUCUGCAAAGCGGCGGUGGGGAGUUUGUCCUGUCUGACCCUUGUCAUUAUCAGGCUUUUCCAUAAGACAGAGGAGGCCGUUAGGUAUUUUUUUAUUUUUUAUUUUUUUUUUUUUUGCAUCCCCUGUGUGAUGUGUAUGUGCGUAACAUGCUCCUCCAUCUGCCUAGCCCUCGUGCAAGGAGACCGUGCCCGUAUCAGACUGAGCCCUGCAUGCCCGCGUGCACGGCCCUGGCCCUGGGGAGGGCUCCUGGGACCCCCCAGCCCUGGGGCACUCUCCCUUCAGCUGUGCCCCCCCGUGUGCCUCGUGUUUCCGUGGGUCUGCAGUAAAAAAGACCCUGCAAGGGUGUUCAACAACACCGCGUGGCAUGCGAGCAGGUGCUCUUGGCACAGAGCUCUGCAGCCCUUCUGCCCCGCCUGCUGCUCUGCUGUCAGCCCCAUCAGUCUCCGCUCCCCUCUCCAAGGGACGAAACUUUACCCAAAUCACCCUUUUUUCGGCAUGUGCUAAGAGGGCAGCGCGUCCCCAGCACCGGGGGACAGCCGCGGAGCCCACCCAGCGGCUUCAUCGCAGGUGGCCAGAAGGAGAGGAGAGGAGAGGGGCUGCGCUCGCCCUGCUCAGGCUGCCCAAACCUUGUGCUGGGGGGGCGAUUUGCAGAUUUUCCCCGCACCUCACCCCCGUGGGCAGCCAGAGGGGUGCUCGGGGCUGUCCCUGGGCCGUGCCCAGCCCUGUGCUGCCCCGGGGAAGCUGUGGUGUUGGCGCAGGGUGCGCGUGGCACGGAGGCUGCGCUCUCCCCCUCCUCGUGUUUUCCCCUCCGCAGCAGCACUGGGAGGGCUGCUGGGGAGGAGCAGUUAUGUACUUGCUGACUUGCUAUAUUUUAGCAAAAACAAAACAAAAUGUAUUAACUGAAAAAAAAAAGUAUAUAUAUUUCAAGUGUUAAAAAGACUUUUAAGGGGGAGAAAAAUCUCUUGUGUGAGGCACUUCUGCAAAUGUCAUCUUCAACUUUUUUUUUUUCCUCUAGUCGAUAUCUCAAGCUGGGCCAAGCAAGACACGCCGCUUUCUCCUUUGUAACCUGAUUUUUUUUUUUUUGAAGAAAAAAAAAGAAAAUAAUACAAUAAAAAAAAAACUUCAUCCAGAUCUAUUAAAAUGGCCUUUUGGGGGUUAUAAGCAUUAUGACAAAUUUAGUCCAUUUUUGUAUAAAUAAUAGUGUUUAAUAUGUAUUUCCCAAAAUAAAUGUUUCGAAUGCAAAUAGAA